CUUUUGGCACCUGGCCACACUAAUUUAGCGUUUGUUUACAAAAUAAAUGCCGAAAUCCUGUUUAAAACCGAUAAUGUCGCGAAGUAAGAUUUGGAAAUACUACGAUAAAUUGGAUCGAAAUUCUGCCCAAUGUCAGCUGUGCGAGAAGGUUAUCAAGACCUGCGGCAACACAUCCAACCUGAUGAAGCACAUGAAGACUCAUCCGAAAGUUGAUCUCUUCGAUGAUAAAACGGUGGUGGUGCGGGGCAUUUACAAGCGACGCGAACAGGAUGACCUCAAGCGAACGGUGAUGCCCUUCAAAGAGGAGUCCACCGACUUCCACAGCGAGCUGUUGUUCAAGCCGGCCAAGGACUCUGGCGGCUUCAUCGAGCUGCAGCCCCAUGGACCGGGAAAAAACAAUUCCGAGGAUCACAUCGCCGUGCAGAGCGUCGGAUACGCCUGGGUUAGUCCGGAUGCAGCGAUCUCUGGAACAGAGACUGUUAGCGCCGACGACAUCAUCGAGUUCGAGCCCAAGAAUGAGCAGGAAGACCUAGCCAAAAGUUCCUUUCAGCAGAUUCAGGAUCUACCACUCCAAGGAGAUGACCUUGAAAUGCCAGUGCUAAGCCGGCGUUCCUUCUACCAAGAGAUGGCCUUUUUCGUCUGCCGCGACCGCCAUCCGCUGCAAAUUAUCCAGGGCGAAGGAUUCCAGCACCUGUUGAAAGUACUCUGCCCCACCUACAAGCCUCCCAGUGUGGCGGAACUGGAGCGGUUCAUCUGCAGAGAGACACAGCUGCAGAGGUCCAAGCUUCGUCAGCAAUUGGCCACUGUGUCCACCCUUAGCCUCAAUUGCUCGAUGCACACAAGGGCCGAGGGUCAAAGUUGGCUUGAAUUGGUGGCCCACUUUCACGAUGGACGGCAUCUAAUCUCUCGAACGCUUUCUGUGCAGACACUACCUGAAUCCUUGACAUCCGGCCAUCUAGUAGAUUGCAUGGAGCGUGUGUGUCAGCGUUUCGACAUCAAUAAGUCAAAGAUUACCUGCGUGACGACGAGAAGUAAUCGUCUGCUAGAAAACGCAGUGACCACCUUUCUGAGCGCCAAACAUCAUGUGCCAUGUUUCGCUGACCAGCUGAAUUUGCUUUUGGAAGCAGUGCUGCAGCGCCCCGAGAUCCAUGGCUUAUGCGAGAAAAUCCGUACCUAUGUGGAGGCUGACCGACAGUCUGAAGAGCCCAGCUCACAGAUCAAGCUUCAGCUGGACACGAUGCAGCGACCCCUUAGUACCUACGAUAUGCUAGACCAGUACCUGAAACAUUCAUCCGUUCAUGUGGAAGAGCCACCUCCACUUUCGCCUGAGCAGAUGGACUUGGGCCAGCAGUUGCUAGACGUGCUGAGACCAAUGACCAGCUCCAUGCGUGAGCUCAGUCGAACACCUUAUCCGGCGGCUAGCAAGGCACUGCCCAUGGCCCACACCCUGAUCAACGAACUAAAGCAGGAGAAGAGUUCGGAGCACAAGGUGGCCCAGGAGGUGCGCUUGUUCAUGGGCAAGCAGCUGGAGGAGCACUUCGAGGGCAUGGAGAGGAACUUGAACUUGGCCAUGUCAAGUCUGCUGGACCCGCGGUUUCGCAAUAUUCCCUUCCAAAGAGGAGCCCUGGUGGCCAAGUACAUAACGCAGCUGUAUGACAUGAUGCAGGCGCAUGUGGACAGCGGUCAGGCAGUAGUAUCCGUAGACCAUGGCAACUUCGACAUCUGGGCGGCGUUCAAGACCUUCUCGCACGAGAAGCAGCAGCUCAUCAACGGUAACAACGUCGCCGACGCCGACGAUGAGAUAUCCACCUAUUUUUGCGCCGGCUUGAGCACCCUGCAGGCGGAUCCCUUUCAGCUCUGGCAGGAGCUGGCGCCAGCACAUCCCUUCCUGUAUUCUGUGGCCCAAAAGUACCUGCACAUUCCGGCAACCGCACUGUCCCCAUCGAGACUUUUCACCGCAGACGGGGCUGUGGUGACAGAACAGUAUGCCAGACUUCUUGAGAACAACAUGGAGAACGUCCUCUUUAUGGCUGAUGUUCCGACGGAUGAGUGGCAGAUAUAGCGUAGGCAUAGUCAAUUCCCGCCCUACUUGUAGCAUUUAAGUU